ACGUCUGGCCUAUUAUCCCCGCUCAGCCGAGAACCCGACAUCACAGCUCCACCCAGCCCCGCCUCGGCUGGACUGGCCAUCAACAAAUUGAGUCCCGGUGCUACCGCAGCUGAGAAGACUGGGCGCACCUUCAACUUCAAGUAUAAAUCGUCCGGUACCAUUGGAACUGGCCAGACACGUCGGACAAACUCGAAGGCUGCUGCCGCCAGCCAGAUCAGCAGUGCGUCGAGCCCUGCGUCGGGCCCAGCAUCGGCGUCGACUGUCUCCACGCAGUCCUCUUGUCGUCGCCUGUUAUCCGAUCAGCGGUUUCUGGUCUCCUUCAUUCGUCAUUUGGACAGCCCACACGCCCUGAUACGAGCCAAAACCUAUCUUGUCUGCUCGGCUUUCCUGGCCACCAGUCCCUCUGAGAGUUUGCCCAUCGCCUGCCAGACGCGUUUGCCGGCCUGUCUGGAGCGUGAUCUGCGCGCCACGCAGCGAUUACACGCUCGAUAUUGUCCUGAAGCUACUCGCGAGCUGGCACAAUCCGACGCCAGUCUGCUCGCCUGCCUCGACGCUCGACUGUCGGCGGGUCGAUUCUGCGAGUCGAGUAGCACGAGCGGAGGCGACGAAGCCAAACCAGCCGGCGGUGCCGGCCUCGAGGCCAGCUCGGACAGUUGGUGGUCGGCCAAUCUGUAUCUGGCCGCCUGUGCCCUCCAUUUGGCCGAUCUGCUGCGAUUUUGCCUGAUUCCUCUCGUUUGUCGUCAGGCGGCCGGUUGUCUGGGCCUGCGGCUGGGCCAGUCCGAUGCGGCCGGCCAACCGGGUGUUAACUUGACAAGAACAGGCUCAGCCGGUUCGAGCACUUCUCGUCGGCUGACUCGCGGCUCGAGCAUUCGGGCUGCAGACUGUGAAGAGGCCGGCGGGCGUAAUCACCACGCCUCGGCGCGUCGGCAGGCCGGUAGGCCACAGUCGAUGUAUGCCGGACUGGCUAGUCCCCUUUCGGCCGGAACUGUGGCCGCCAACGCGACCGGUACCAGUGCCGGUUCUGCAACUGCGACCGGGACUGGCCAGACAUGUGCUGCCGGUUUUCGUGCCUGGUUGCCAGCCUUCAGCUGUCUCCCCGGCCUGCUAUCCACCUGCAUCUCGCUACGCAACAGUCUCUAUGUGUCCGGCUACGAUGGCUCGAGAUCUGCCGAAGUUCUGCUUUCAUCUGCCGGCGCAAAUAGGAAAUCCUUUGGACCCAUCGGCGAGUCUGAGCAAGCGAACACGGAGCCCGACGGACGGACGACUGACCAAGUCGUGGCAGAUGUUAGGCUGAACAAUGACUCUGAUCAGGUGGUGGAAUUGCAGACUCCAUCUCAGCAACAAAUAUGCCAGAGAGAGAACACGCCGAUUGAAAAGGACUUUUGCAUGCUCAUGUUCUUGGGCAGUCUGCUUAACCACUGGGCCUCCAAAGAGCCGAUUGCUGCUGCCGGUAGGCCCAUCCACCUUUAG